ACACCAGGCAGAUUUCCUACGCCCCCAAACGUCCCGUUGUUGCCUUUUCAAACAUCCCCAGCUAAGCGUCCAACGUCUUCCAAUAAACAUCGGCACGACGUUGCAGUAGCUGGCACAGUAUCCGGCCCUGGAUCAUGAGAUAAUCCUUAUGUUCGUCCUCUAACAGUGCAUUCCCCGCGAAUGAUUGAUAUCAAUAGACAGCGCCCAUUCAACCUUCCUUUUGCUAUGUUGAUUUCUCCACCACAGAUUACGUUCAAGAGCUGUGUGGUUUGCCCAUAUCGGGCCUAUGAUUGCAUCUUUUUCCAACGCAUAGCUCUCAAAACACAACGUUGACGUUCAACAGUGGUUACUCUUGCCAGUAGAACAUGUUCUACACAGAUCGCCUCGCCGGCUUCAUCGUCUCGUCGGCUGCGUUUGUCGCCCUCACGGACUUUUCCCGUGCUGCGAACAGAACCGCUCAGACCGGGACAUCCUCCUACGCCGACGUCUUCAUCCUUGCCCCCCUUUUCUCUCACGACAGCGUAGAAUUACCCAAUUCUCAGACAGGGCUUGCAUACAUCGGCAAUACUGCUCUAGUCAGAUACCUCCAGUGCUUCGGACAAUCUGGGCACAUUGUCGAGGGACGGGUAUUCCCCAACCCAAUACAUAACACCAACCUAUCCCUAAUAUAUCGCCAUAUCAAUGCUUUCUUGGUCAGAGGACCUCUCCCGACUCUGCUUUAUACCCUUGGUCUGGCAGUGACCUUCGCUAUGGUUAUGUUCCUGAUCAUCGCACGAGAGUGGUGGGGUCUUGGGAUGGUAGCGAUGAUUUUUGCGUCGAGGUUGACCAACAUCGUGAUUGCUAGACGGAGAAUCAAGAGAUACCAGGGAGGAGAGCUUGACAGGAUGGCUUACAUGGAGAUCUUAAUGAAUCGAGAUCGGUGGAUACGGCUGCGGGGAAUGUCAGACGACCUCGAAGCCAUCGUAUCGUUCAGGCGGUUGCGAGACAAGUCUACGAUCGAAGGACUUGCCCUAUCCUGUGCCAACCUUUUGGUUUUAGCUGCGGCCGCGUUUGCUGGUAACAUAUCGCCGGUAGGGAGUCUGACAGUUAUCGGCUCAAUAUUGUCCUCUGCCGCUCUGUUCAGUUUAUCCAAGUCAUUUUCCCGGCGUUUGCAAAUCUUCGGUUGCAUCGUGACUAUGGAUGAAGUGGCGACGGUGUUCGAGAGGCAAGUGGAACGUGGCGCCCGUGACAUGGUGGAGAGGAGCGACCUUGCAAUUGGUUGGGGAUUGACCAUUCAUGACGGUGUGUAAUAAUGAUUAGACAUACCCUGAAAAGACUUUCACCGUUCUACACCCUCGGACCACUAACACGGUUUUCUUCUAUCGUUUGUUCGCAUUGUAACAGUAACACAGCAUCCUUCUAUCGUUUGUUCACAUUGUAACAGUAACACAGCAUUCUUCUAUCGUUUGUUCACAUUGUACCACUAACACAGUCUGCAGUCUUAUCGCUAUAUAUUUUUGUACUGCUAAUCGAUGUCUGUUUUUCGUUUUCGCCUUCCAUUC